AUGGGACUAAAUUCAGGCACUUCAAUUGAUGGCAUUGAUGUUGUUUUAUGUAACUUCAAGCAAAGCUCUGUUGAUUCACCUCUACACUUAUCUGUACUCAAAUAUGAUGAAAUGGAUAUGCCACCAGCUUUGAAGAGUAGAGUAUUAAGAAUGAUUAAAGAAAACAAGACAAAACUCGAAGAGGUUUCAGAAAUAGCUGCUCUCCUUGGAAUGGCCUUCGCAAAGGCUGCAGAUGAUUUUUGUCAGAAACACGGGAUCGAGAAGAGCAUCAUUGAUAUAAUAGGUUCGCAUGGUCAAACUAUCUGGUACGUACCUGAUUCGAAGCCCGGCCAAUGUCGGUCGGUAAUUACUCUGGGAGAAGCUUGCUAUAUAGCAGAAAAGAUGGGGAAAACAGUUGUAUCUGAGUUUAGAAUUUCGGAGCAAAGUGUAGGAAGACAGGGGGCACCAAUGAUUGCAUUCUUCGAUAGUCUUCUCUUAGUUCAUCCUAAAAAGUUUAGAAUAUGUCAGAAUAUUGGAGGAAUUGCAAAUGUUUGCUUUGUUUUUCCUGAAAAGGAUGGAGGUUUGGAUAAGUGUUUUGACUAUGAUACAGGACCAGGUAAUGUCUUCAUAGAUGCCGCUAUGAGAUAUUUUACCAAAGGUACUCUUGAAUAUGAUAGAGAUGGAAAGUGGGGGAAAAGGGGUGUUGUGCACUUACCGCUAGUUGAUGAAUUCUUGACUGGUGAAUACUUUUUAAGAGAGCCUCCAAAAACCACGGGAAGGGAAUUAUUUGGUGAUUCAGUUGCAUUUGAAUUAAUAGAAAAUAUGAUAGCCAAGGGUCUUAGCAAAUAUGAUAUAAUAGCCACGUUGACAAGGAUAACGGCUCAAUCUAUUGUCAACGAGUACCACAAAUAUUCUCUGGGGCAUAUUGACGAAAUUUUCUUGUGCGGAGGAGGAGCUUUGAAUCCAAAUAUUACAGAAUAUAUUCAAAGCUCUUUUCCAGACACCAAAAUCAACCUUCUUGAUGUCACUGGAAUUAGUGGAAGUGCAAAAGAAUCAAUCACUUUUGCAUUCCAGGGUCUUGAAGCUAUUUUAGGAAGGUCAUUGAUAAUACCUGAUAGGGUUGAUAGUCGAACUCCGGUGGUGGUUGGUAAGGUAACCCCAGGUAAAAAUUACAGAGCAUUGCAGAAGAUGGCUGUUGAGUUUACUUCAACUUGUAACUGUGAUGGGUACUUACCAUCUGUUAGAAAAAUGGUAAUAGAUAGAAAUGCAUAG